AUGUCAAGCCUUGGAAGUAUGCAAGAGGCAGAACAAACGAGGCCCCUGAGAGCUCCACCUAGUUCACAGGAUAAUAUCCCACAGCAGAACUUGGAGUCAGCAAUGGCUAAACCGGUGGUUGUAGCUCCUGUAUUAAUGUCUAAGCUGUCUGCGAAUGCUCCUGAAUUUUACCCAUCAGGUUAUUCUUCUAAUUAUACAGAAUCCUAUGAAGAUGGUUGUGAGGAUUAUCCUACUCUAUCAGAAUAUGUUCAGGAUUUUGUGAAUCAUCUUACAGAGCAGCCUGGCAGUUUUGAAACUGAAAUUGAACAGCUUGCAGAGACCCUGAAUGGCUGGGUUACAACAGAUGAUGCUUUGCAAGAACUUGUAGAACUCAUCUAUCAACAGGCCACAUCUAUCCCAAAUUUCUCUUACAUGGGAGCUCACCUGUGUAAUUACCUGUCCCAUCAUCUGACAAUUAGUCCACAGAGUGGCAACUUUCGCCAGUUGCUGCUUCAAAGAUGUCGGACUGAAUAUGAAGUUAAAGAUCAAGCUGCAAAAGGUGACGAAGUGACUCGGAAACGAUUCCAUGCGUUUGUUCUCUUCCUGGGGGAGCUUUACCUUAAUCUGGAGAUCAAGGGAACAAAUGGACAGGUUACAAGAGCAGAUAUUCUUCAGGUUGGUCUUCGGGAGUUGCUGAAUGCCCUCUUUUCUAAUCCUAUGGAUGACAACUUAAUUUGUGCGGUAAAAUUACUGAAGUUGAUAGGGUCAGUUUUGGAAGAUGCCUGGAAGGAGAAAGGAAAGACUGAUAUGGAAGAAAUCAUUCAGAGAAUUGAGAAUGUUGUCCUAGAUGAAAAUUGCAGCAGAGAUGUGAAGCAGAUGCUCUUGAAGCUUGUUGAGCUCCGGUCAAGUAACUGGGGUAGAGUCCACGCAACUUCAACAUACAGAGAAGCAACACCUGAAAACGAUCCUAAUUAUUUUAUGAAUGAACCAACAUUUUAUACCUCUGACGGUGUUCCUUUCACUGCAGCUGACCCAGAUUACUAAGAGAAAUAUCAAGAGUUACUUGAAAGAGAAGACUUUUUUCCAGAUUAUGAAGAAAAUGGGACAGAUUUAUCAGGGGCUGGUGAUCCAUACUUGGAUGAUAUUGAUGAUGAGAUGGACCCAGAGAUAGAAGAAGCUUAUGAAAAGUUUUGUUUGGAAUCAGAGCGUAAGCGAAAACAGUAAAGCUAAAUUUCAACAUAUUUUAUAAAGCAGUUUAGGUUACAGUGAUUUAGCAGAACACAGGAAAACAGGAAAACGUGUCACACUUAUACCAAAUUAAGGAUGUUGAGUUAUGUUAC